UUCACUGUAGCUCAGAUGACAGGUCUGAAAUCCUCCCCAACUGUUCGCCAAGAGACACGAUUUGUAUCAGUUAAAACUGGGGACGAGUUGACUUUGCAAUGUUUCUAUGAAGGUGACGGUGCUGUAAUGCUUUACUGGUACAAACAAAGUCUAGGACAGAAACCAAAGCUCAUCUCUACAUAUCAUAGAUAUAAUGUAAAUGGGAUUUUUCAGGAUGAAUUCAAGAACAAUUCACGCUUCACGCUGGAUAUGGAAAAUGGUCAAAUUCACCUAAAAAUCACAGAUUUGCGUUUUUCAGACUCAGCUACCUACUACUGCGGAAGUAGCUACACAUAUAUUUUUGAAUUUUCGGAAGGAACCUUAGUCAAUGUAGAAGGUUUAGGUUUGAAGGUCCCAGCUACGGUCCACCAGUCAGCAUCUGAGAGCAUCCAGCCAGGAGGCUCUGUGACUCUCAACUGUACAGUACACACUGGGACCUGUGAUGGAGAACACAGUGUUUACUGGUUCAAGAAGUCAGAAGAAUCUCAGCCAGGACUCAUUUACACCCAUGGAGACAGGACUGAUCAGUGUGAGAGGAAACCCAACACACAAACACACACCUGUGUCUACAAGCUGCCGAUGAAGAGUCUGAAUCUUUCUCAUGCUGGGACCUACUACUGUGCUGUUGCCUCAUGUGGACACAUUCUGUUUGGAGAUGGGACAAAGCUGGAGUUAGAAGAUGAGGUGGACUCUGUCUUGGUGUAUUUCUUGAGUGGAACUACGACAUUCACCACCAUCCUGAGUGUUUUACUGGCUCUCACAGUGUGCAUGAUGAAUAAGGGAAACAACUGCCAAUGUAAUGAGUCUCAAGCCAGAUGUCCAGCUCCCCCCACAGUGAAAGCAAAGGGUUACCAACAUGCUGAAAACCUUUAUUAUGCUGCUUUAAGUGCCGACCUGUCCAACAGAUCAAGAGGACAGAGGGAUCCCACCUGGACUGAAUGUGUGUACUACAGUGUAAAGCAGUAGAACUGGACUUAUUACAUUUGUACUUUGGAGUAAGACAGGAUUUUCUUAGUGCCUCUCUGGAGGUGUAAUAAAGAUGUAUAUCCAGGUUGGAAAUAAUUUUGCUUUUAUAGGUUCUUUGUGGUCUGCAGACAAAAUUCAAUCACUCUGUUCUUUAA